UAGCUGAGCAAGAUUAGCCACUUCUGCAAUACAUGCCAUUUCUGCAAUACUUCUAAUAAUCUCUCUCCCCCCCUCCCUUGCGCUCUAUUUCGCACUCUCUCUCUCUCUGAUACUCUCUCUUUCCUUCCCCAUCCCACCACCCGGGGGAAUAAUCCCGAGCAUUAAUCAACGCAGCGCUGCAUUGAUAGCUUCUUUGCUUCUCUUCUAUUCCCACUCCGCCAUCCUUCUCUUCCAUUCUGUCCGACAAUCAGACGCCAUGUUCCCUCUGCACCUCCUCUCUCUGCUCUUCAUCGCCGCCCAGAGACCCCAGGGGAAGGAGAAGGGGCGAGCGAGCGUGCAGAGGUCUGAGGAGGAGACGGAGGGCGACCUGCUCUUUCAGAGGGGAGACCUACUCGAGGUGCCUCGAACCCUCUUCACACACUUUGGGAUCUACCUGGGAGGGGGAUAUGUGGCUCACCUCAUCCCAGAUAUCCUGCCAAUGUUCUCUAAGGACCAGGGGAAGAUUGGGCAGAUGGUCACCAACGGUCGACUCAUACUGGGAGUUCUGGUUAAGUGUGCCAGUGUGAGGGUGGACUCUGUAGAGGACUUUGCCUACGGAUCCCAGAUCCUGGUGAACCGGAUGGACAAGGUGUGCAGCCGUCCGCCAUUAGGGGGAGAGGAGGUGGCGCGGCGCGCAGAGAAGCUACGCGGCUCAGUGCGCUAUAGCCUGCUGUGGUACAACUGUGAGCACUAUGUGAUGUACUGUCGCUACGGCACCCUGGUCAGCUUCCAGACUUUUCAGUUCUGUAAAACGGUGCGGAAGAUGUUGCUUAGUCGCCGCGUUGCCAAGGUGACCGCUUUGUUGUGGGCUAGUCUACUGCUCUACUUCAGGACGGUGUCCGCAUGCGCUGUCCUGCCGGCCAUCACCAUGCCUUUCAUCAUCUGGAUGGCCUCCUAGAAAACCCACUAGCACACACGCUGAAACAAAUUAAGUUAAAUGAAUUAUCCCAUUUG